AUGGCAAAGAAAAAACUAAAUUCUACAAUAAAACGAAGUCGAACACGUUCUGGAUGUGUUACCUGUCGAGAUAGACAUAUCAAAUGUGACGAACAGCAACCUGUGUGCAAAAACUGUCUCAAAUCAAAUCGGAAAUGUUACCGAGGAAUAAGGUUAAACUUUACACAAUACACUUUUUACAACCCCGAUGAGAAUAAACCCAAGCAGCUGCAACGAAGUCAACAGUCGCAGCAUCAAACUCCUCAUGCAUUUCCCAAUCUAGAACCUAAUCCAAUACGACAGAACCAUAGAAUAUUAGACCAAUCGAUAACUAUUGCUUCAUUAUAUGAUGACAUGAAAAAAUAUAAGCCAUAUAUACAUUUGCAUACACCAGAAGAUUUAAGAGAAUCAGAUUUACAAUUCCAAGAAGAUACAUAUAAUUCAUACGUAUCCACAUCUGCAAUAAAUUCACGAGAAAAAAAACUGACUAGAAAAGACCCAGGAUUGUCAAAUUCAUUAUCGGUCAUUAAUCCAACAUUGGAAUCUGAGAUUAAGCCAAAUCCUGGAAUAUUGAAUCAAUUAAGUUACCACCCUCCAUCAAGUCUUAAUCCUGAAGUUUUGUAUCCAGCAACCACAGCAACAACAUCAACAACAACCACAUCAAGUCCUACUAGUCAUCAUUUACAUCCAUACUUUGUCAAUCUGGUACCAAACCCACCACUACCACCACCACCACUACACCAACACCGCCAAAUAUUAAAUACAUCUCAACAUCAAGAGAUAACAUCAGCAGAUACUAAUCAAUUUGACUAUUCCCAUUUAUCAUUAGCACAAGCUACACCCUUACUAAUAAAAUACGAUAUCACCACUUAUGUGAAGUUAAUUGAGACUGAAAAAUACUAUAUGCUAUUGGAUCUUGCCAAUGAGUUAGAUAUUUGGAAAAAGAUUAUACCUUCAUUGUGUUUACAAAUAUCUGAGAAUGAUUCGUUUCUAUUAGAUUGUUUAAUGAGUUGUGCUCAUAACACAACUGUCAAUCUUUUGGAUUUAACUAGUGAACAAUUGAAUAAAUGGGGACAAUUAAAAGAUUCUCCAGUGAUAUCAGAACAUAUUCAACAAUUUGAGCACCUACUAAUAAGUAUUGUGUUAAUUUUACUUGGAUUAUAUUUGAAUAUCACUAAAGCUCGUCUAACCGAUUAUCACAAAGUAAUUAUUAAUAAUCAAGCCAAAUUGUUUUCACAUGUUUUGCGCAAGAUUCAUACAUUUAUCACUACAAAUAAACCCAAUUCAGUAGUAUUAACGAAUGCCAUUCAAUCGAUAACUAUACUAAAGUUUUUCAUAGAUAAAAAUUAUGACUUUUCAUAUGAAUUUAAAAACAUCCAGAAGGGAAGAGUUGUUGAUACACUGGAUGAAAUCACUUAUUCUAAUUCAAAUUUAUAUUCCAACCCGGAUUUAUCCUAUAUUUCCACGUUCAAUGAAUAUGAGAUCCUGUACUUGAAUAAUUCGUAUCAGAAUCUUGUUUACGUUGAUCAAAAUAAUAGUAAUAAUAAUAUGGUACCUAGUGAAUCUCAAGUAUACAAAGAUCUAUUAUGGUAUUUGAUCAAAGUCGAUUUUAUUAUUAAUUAUCCAGAGGCUGCCCCCAAUUUGGUUCUUGACCCUAAUUUUGUCUAUCAACACAUUGAACAUUCAGCAAAUGAUUCGGGUUUACACAAUAGCUUAAAUUAUUUGCACCCACGAGUAUAUGCAAAAAAUUUCUUGAGAGAAUUUAUUAUUAAAUUAUUAAGUAUGGGCAACAAUACUGUUCUUGAAUCUUCUAAUGAUCGAAUAAAUAUAUUAUUCAACCACAUUGAUCAAAGUUUUAUGGACUCAGAACUAAAAUCACAACUUCAUCAUUGCUUUACUUGGACUAUGCGAUACAUUCACCCAGUAAGGAAUCAAUAA